GAUGGUCGCUGUCUUCAAAAUCUACCAUUUGCUUCUCUCUCUCUCACAUUUGCUUCUCUCUCACACAUUUGCCUCUCUCUCUCUCUCUCAUCAACAUAAUUUCAGAAAAUAAAUAUGUCACAAAGAGCAUGCAAAAGAGUACGAUUUAGUCCGAACCAAUUAGCCACAGACGAACCAAGAUUCCCAAAACAUCACGACCGGAGAAAGGUGGCCCUCAUAGGAAUUCUCAGUUUCGGUCUAAGGAGCUCGCCGGCCGCGAGGAAGUUGAUCCGGCGUAUCGGGGCUAGAGUCGCCAAAACACUGCGUUUUAUGUCCUUGGGGAGGAAUACUACCGACAAAACGUCAUCGUUCUUGUUGUCUCCGUCGCCCUCUUCUUCAUCGUCUAUUUAUAUGAAAAGGUCAAAGUCUCUAGCUGAGGCAGAGUCUCACCGAGCAGAAGCUAUUGAAGACUGCAUUGAGUUCUUGAACUCUUCUUUUUCUCUGUCCAGAUCAAACUCCGUCUCCACGUGGUCUUCUUGAUUUGACCUGGUUCUUCCAGUCGGGUCAAAAUAUAGCUCCAAGUAAUCUCUUUUUCGUUGUUGUUGAUGUAAUGUUAUAGAAGAAAUGAGAAAUGAGCAUUGUAUAGAAUAGGGCUGUUUUAUAUUUCUUCUAUUCGAUUCACAACAAAG